UAGCAUUUGUAUUGUUUGAUAGGUGCAAGAAACGAAUAUAAAUAGUCAGAUAUGGAAGAGGAUAUAUACUCUACACCUGGUGUCAUUAACAAGGCUCACCUUGAUGAGGACAGCAACAAAGAAGAAAGAGUUGUGAGCAUCUAUGUCAGCGCAGAAAGUCUCACGGUGUAUGAAAACCCCUGGGUGGAUGGCAUCCCACAAAAUACACCAGGACCUUCAGUGCCUGAGCAUCCAGUGACUGAGGUCCUUGUUGUCUCGAAGAGGAAUCUUCUGAGAGUUUCAGCAGUGUUUGUGGGUCUGCUGUGUCUUCUUCUGGCUGUUAUCACUUGCCUUGGAAUCCAACUAAAUAGAGACAAAGCCAAAUGGAUAAAGGAGCAAAACCAGCUACAGAACAAGAACACCAGUCUACAGCAAAAGACAGACCAGUUAAUCGCCAAUAACAGUCAGCUCAGAAGAGAAAGAAAUGAGAAGAAGCUUGAUGAAAUCAGAUGCUGCAGCUGGAAGAAAAUUCACUCCAGCUGUGACUGUUUCUUCGAACAGACACAACAAUGGCAACAAAGCAAAGAAGCAUGUGAAAACAAUAAUGCGCACUUCGAGGUCAUAUCUAGCAAAGAGGAAGAGGACUUUAUCACUACAAAUGUUCUGCAGAGCAAAAGCAAAGCCUGGAUUGGUCUUAAAAUUCAUGACAAUGGAGUGGACUGGGAAUGGGUGGAUGGGACACAUCUGACCCAAGAACAGUAUGUCCCAGUGUGUCAAACAAGUUUUGAAAGAAUCAAAUGA